UACUUGCCAAGGCACCAAACGGGUGACAGAUGAAUGAUGAAAUAAAAGCCUGAGCAACAGCAUCCAUUGUCUGAGAGAGAUAGCGCUGAAGGAAUCAGGUGUUGCAGACAGGGAUGCUUUGUUAUCUGGGGGCUGCUCUGCUGGGGCACCAGUGGGCUGGUGAGGAAGGAGCACAGGUGUGUUAGUUAUAUUUGAGGGAAAGAGUGCUAUAAUCUGUCUGCUGUAGAGUGCAGGCAUGCCAUCAGUUGCCAUCAUUCAGUAUCACAGCAGGACACUGUAUGUGGUAACUGGUGUCGAAGGAGGCUUCGGGGAGAGUGACAUCUGCAAUCAGUUAACCUCCUCUUCCUUUCACCCUCUGUACAAGGCAUUCAAAAGCUCAGUUGAAGGAAAACUUCCUUCUUUUUGGAGAAAAAAAAAAAAAACCAACCCAAAACAAAAACAAACAAAAACCCAAACCAAACCAAAAACCAAACAAAAAAAAAAAAAAAACCCAAACCAAAUCAGCUAACAAUUACCAGCUUCCUAGAUUGAAGUUUUCAUAACUGCCCUGAAUGGCCAUAAGAUGAUCCUCUCCCCCAAAACAAGUGCUAAGAGUAAACAACUGGCCAGUGUGCCAGAUGCGUUCCCUGAUAAGCCUGUGAUAGGCAGAAAGCAGACUGCCUUGGGCUGUCUAUUACAAGGCAGAAUGUAAAUAAUUUUUCUCAGAUUAGCAGCGUCUGAAAUGUGGAAGCUCCAAAUGCAUUCACUUGCUUUGAAAGAGGGCGACAAAGAGUAACGGCAGAGGCACUGCAAGUUUCCUGGCUUGUAAUGCGUAGAAAUCCAUUUGGGAUGGACAUUUGCUGCCGGAAAGGAUCGAGAAGCCCACUCCAGGAACUCUAUAAUCCCACCCAGUUGUCCAACACAGCGAUUCUUCAUCAGAUUAGACGAGACCAAGUGACAGACACGUGCCGAGCAAACAGCGUCUCUAGCAGGAAGCGCCGUGUGCUGACACCCAACGAUCUCAAACACCUGGUUGUGGAUGAAGAUCAUGAAAUGAUCUAUUGCUAUGUUCCCAAAGUGGCCUGCACAAACUGGAAGAGAGUCAUGAUGGUUUUGACAGGAAGAGGCAAGUACAGCGACCCAAUGGAAAUCCCAGCCAAUGAAGCCCACGUGUCUUCGAACCUGAAGACCCUCAACCAGUACAGCAUCCCAGAGAUCAACCACCGCUUGAAAAACUACAUGAAGUUCCUCUUUGUUCGCGAGCCUUUUGAGAGACUGGUGUCAGCCUAUAGGAACAAGUUCACCCAGAAGUACAACACCUCCUUCCACAAGCGAUACGGCACCAAAAUCGUGAGGCGCCAGAGGAAAAACGCAACCCAGGAAGCUCUGCGCAAAGGCGAUGACGUGAAGUUUGAAGAGUUUGUGGCGUAUCUCAUCGACCCGCACACCCAAAGAGAAGAGCCCUUCAACGAGCACUGGCAGACUGUGUACUCCCUCUGCCACCCUUGCCACAUCCACUACGACCUCAUAGGCAAAUACGAAACACUUGAAGACGAUUCAAAUUACAUUCUCCAGCUGGCGGGAGUAGGCAACUACCUGAAGUUCCCCACCUAUGCAAAGUCUACGAGAACUACUGAUGAAAUGACCACAGAGUUCUUCCAGAACAUCAGCUCCGAGCACCAAACACAGCUGUAUGAAGUCUACAAACUUGAUUUUUUAAUGUUCAAUUACUCAGUGCCAAGCUACCUGAAAUUGGAAUGAGGGACAGGUCGGGGGGAGAGAGGGGAGAGAAAGCCUGUUUUAUUUAAGAUUUUUAUUUGUCAUAUUAAAUAUGGAGAAUGGGUUAUUUUGUAAAUUAAUAUUUUCUUUUUUUGAAUGAUGCUGCGAGCAGCACAGUCAAAGUUAUUUAAAUCAACUGUAAGAAAGGACAGCUCUCUUUGCAGGGUAACAGGAUUGUGACAAUCUAGCUGUAGAAAUGAAUAAUACUGCUACACUGUUAAAAAAAAUUUUAAUUGUGUUCUGGUGAAUUUCAUUGAUCUUGCAUUCCUCAAAUUCUAAUUAAUGUUAUUUAUACUUAUUUAAAACAUGGUCUCUUGGUAGGUGUCACUUAAGCAGCAGAGAUGACAUUUGGACUAAAGGAGCCUGGUUUUGUGCUUUCCUCAGUUGAGUUUGUCUCCAGAUAAUGAGAUUCUUCAUCAGCUGUUGAUGCAGGUUAAUAGGGGAAGGGUUCUUGAUACCACACGCUUGAAAAGAGUGGUGGAAAUUAUUUCUUCAAAAAGUGAUAUUGCACAUAAGCAUACUAAAAAAAAAAAAAAAAAAAAAAAAAUUCUGUCUUUCUAGCCCUGAAAGGGAAAAGUAAAACAGAUUUUGAUAGAUUCAUGACAUCUAAAACCCAUGACCAAAAGAAAUGUGAAUGUAUUCCUUGGGAAGAGAAACCAUGAACUUUUUGUAAAUUUGGACUUAACAUUUUUAUCAAGAAUACGACCAGUCCCAUUGUCUCUUAAUUUGAAGCCUGCCAGCCCACAUGAAUGCAGAUUUGUGGAUGGUCCAUCAGAAAAAAUCAGCACUUUGAAAGUGGCUGUAGAGAUUUUAGAAUGCCCAAAAGCGAUUGGCAUUCACUUAGUUCACAUCCAGGAUGGGGGUGGGGGGGAGCUCCAUCCUUUGCAAGUCAUCCCUCCCUAACUGAUCUUAAGAUGGACAACCCAAAUUUGUUCAAAAAACACUGGUCACAAUACAUUGCUAUAAAGGAUGUGAGCAUGUCAUUUGAAAAGUCAGAAAGUCGUCUUCGUGUUGAUCUCUGAGCAUGCAAGGCAAUAAAAAAGGUCUCAUCUUCCUACACGCUGGUUUCAUGGCUUUUUCCCAGGGGGAGUGGGGAGACUUCUUUUAGUCGAUGCCUAAAUACCAUUGACAGGGAUGUUUCUAAUUCCCACUGGGUUAGUAUUUAUUCUAAGCUCUAGUGUGAGAUCAUGGCCUUUUUAGUUAAGGUGAACGUCUCGGCAAUGAUUGUUUUGGGUAUAGCAGCUUGUUGGGAUGGCAGAUUGUACCAGGCGUAGCACACUGAGCCGUUGUUUUGGGCAAGCAAGCAGCAAUCUAUUCACAGCGAAUAAAUAAUGAAAAGUGGGAUUUCAGUGUGGAUCUAUUAGGAAGCGAGUGAGCAGAAGUACAGGCUUCUCUGAAUGUUUGCUUUGGUUUGAUGUAGGUGAGGUGUAGAGCCGAGCAAGAGGGCCUGGGGAGCAGUCUGUAGCCACCCCAAGCUGCCCCGUCCUGGGGCGGCAGCGCCGGCAGCCGGCUGAGGGGCAGAAGGAGGUAGAGGCUUAAAUAGAGGCACUCGUGGGAACAUAAAAUCUGUUCUGAAGUUGAUUGGUGGUUACAGUGGAGUUUUAACUUGCCUCCGUGUCAAUCUUACGAUCGGACCAAACCCUUCUAGAAAUUAGUGAAGAUUUAAAUAAAUUCAGCUAAAGGCAGAGCUGGUUUAGCAGUAUCAGAGCUAAAUCUUGAAAAUGUCAUAUUGUACAGUAGCUGAUAAUAUCUGUUGAAUUACAUUAGUCUCCAGGACACAUGUGGUUAAAGAAGAAAAAUAGGUUCCAUCUUAUUUUAUUAAAAUAAGUCACUGAAUAAAUCUCAGCUAAGAACAAAUUAACGUAACAAACAGCAGCUGAAGUCCUUUUCACAAUUAGAUUUGGUCUUAGCCAGGAUUCAGGUCAUUAUUUUUUUAUCAUACCCUACAAAUAAAUCUCCCAAUCUUCUGGAACAGCCACAGUUUUCAUAACCCAGGUCCUGUUUAUAACCCCCAGCGCUGACCCGGUGGCUCGGGAAGAGCUGGCUGGCUGCACCUGGCAGCACCGAGCUCCUGAGCGGGUCCUGGUCACAGGCUGAUGUUUCACUUGAAAGCAGUUUUGUGUCAUUUAGAGUUUGCGGAGCUGUUUCAAGUGCCUAUCACAGUGUGGCCUGGGUUUCUUUUGUUCAUUGUUCAAUGGUUCUAAGUUUGUUAAAAAAAAAAAAAAAUCUGUCUGAGGGUAGAUUCCCCCUCUUCCCUCCCUUCCCAGUAUUUCCCACGAGCUAUUUGUGUGCUUGUUUGGUCUUGCAUCCAACAGUGCUCAUAUUUUAGUCCAGUUUUCUCUUCAGUUAGCUGUUAAUCCCUCCAACAGAAUGUGAUGUGAACUUUUUUAAUUAAAAAAAAAAAAAAAAGUUGCUUUGGAAAGUAAAUAUUUUAAAACCAGGGUGUGCUUUCCCCCUUUCUUUUUGUACUUUUCUCUGUCAUGACCAUGCUUUCAUCUGUUCUGAAGUAUUCUCUUCAGUUUCAGUCUUUGGAAACGCAAAACCCCUACUUGACAGCUAUGAUAGAAAAGCUUUAGGUGAAAAACAAGUUCAGGAGCUCUGAGGGGUGAGCCCUACUCGAGCUGGGAUUUUUAGCAGCAGCUUUGGGUUUGAUUACCCAGAUUCUGCCUCCCCGCCCUAAGGGUGGAUGCUCAGCACCCACAUGGCUUUUAUGUGGACUUAAGUGAGUACUUAAAAGAAGCUACUUGCUUUUUAUAAAACCUUGUCCCCAAACUACUACAAACUGUCCAUUUAGUGUGUUAAGUCUAUUUUGGGGUGCUGUGAAUGGGCUGUAGAUGUGUGUUUAAAAUGAACAGCUGACUUGCUGGAUGCGAUCGUGUCCUGCCCACGGAGCACAAAGCCCUCACCAGUUUGGAGGAGGGCCACAAAUGUUAAGGAAAAGCCCUUUUUUUUUUUUUUUUUUUCUUUUGGUCUACUGGGUGUAUUGUUCUGACUGAGCCAAAAAAAAUAUCUCUUUCCACUGCACCCAUACAGGAGGAUGUUCAGAGUCGUUCCUCCUUAUCUUGGUGAGCUGGCAGCCCCCGCCUGCAGUGCGGGUGCAGCUGGGGAACAGGGCUGGUUUUGUCCCCACCUCUUCACUGGGUUUCCCAGCUGGAGGAGAAGAGGGGGGGGGGCUGGUCUGAUCCCGAGCUCUGCCUCCCUCCCUGGCUUCGUUCUGAUGUGGCCACAACUGGUCCCAGGCAGCAAAGAGGCAGAACUGCAGCCACAGCAAAAUGCAAGAUACAGACGUGCGGGGAGCUGCUGCUGCAGAAGGCUGUGCGCUGGUUAUGGGCGAGCAGUGGUGAGCGCGGAGGGGACCCAGCAGGGAAGGUCCUGCUCCCCACCUCUGUCCCCAGCCCCCCUCAAAGCCACAGGGCCCGGGGAGCAGUGCUCCCCACCUCUGAGCAGCCGGUGCCUCCCCGUCAUUCGGCAGGGCCAGCGCUGAGCCCAGCAGCGCCUGCAGCUCCGUACCCGGCGCGAUGCCCACAGCCGGGGUUCCUUCCUCCCAGGUGGCCCCAAGCACCUUAACCCAGAGCCCAGUCCCCCCUGAACGUGGGGGGGACUCCUGGGCAGCGGGAAGUGCCCCCCCCAAACCUGCCUUGGUCCAUGCUUCAGCCUCUUCACAAACCAUGUCCACUGUCUCAGAAACGUGAAAACUGCCUGAACCAUGCGCUGUGUAAAACAAGGGAAAUAAAUAAUCCCCAAGCAGAAGUGCUUUUAGAAGUAAGUUGACCCCAGAUGUUUUAAGGUUUCACUGUAGUCUGCUGCACUUUUCAGGUACAAAAAGGGACUGUCCUUACUAUUACUCUUGUUACAGAGAGUGUUAUUUUCUUACAUGCAUGCACAGUACAAUGUGUACGAAUAAUUUAACAUCGAUGUGGGGUUGGAUUUUUUUUUUAACCUAUUUGUAUGUAGUAGAAGGCUUGUUGUAGAAGAGUAUCUCCUCAUACCUAAAUAUACUGUUGAUAAAGAAAAAAGCUAAAUUAUACAUUGCCAACACAAGUGUGAACUGCUCAUGAAUCUUUCCUUAAAAAAGCCAUUCAAGCCUGAUUAUUUUUCUAAGUAACUUCAAUUAAAUUGAAGAAAGA